AUUUUCAUUUCAGAGAUGAUUGAAAAAAACAAGAAUGAAGAAUUGAGAGAAGUUGAGGAGAAAAAUCAUGUUGAAACUGGAGAAAAACCCUUGAGUUGCUCUCAAACCAAACAGAAAGUUUUAAAGAAAAUAAGAGCCAAGAAAUCUUUUACCUGCACUCAGUGUGGAAAGAUUUUGAAAUGCAAAUUUAAUCUUGAGCGUCACAUGAGAAUUCAUACUGGAGAGAAACCGUUCACUUGUGAUCAAUGCGGGAAGAGUUUCGCACAAUUAUCACACCUUAAGGAUCACAUAAACAUCCACACUGGAGAAAAAACAUACAAGUGCUCACACUGUGACAAGAGAUUCAGUCGGUCAGGACACCUUAAAAGACAUGAGAGGAACCACACUGAAGAGUGUUCACACUGUAAAAGGAGAUUCAGUACUUUGGGACGCCUGAAAUCACAUGAGAGGAUCCACACUGGAGAGAAACCGUACAAGUGUUCACACUGUGACAAGAGAUUCAGUGGGUCAGGAAUCCUGAAAAGACAUGAGAGGAUUCACACUGGAGAGAAACCGUACAAAUGUGAUCAGUGCGGGGAAAUGUUUUUGAGAGCUUCAGUCCUGAAGCAGCACCUGAGUGUUCAUACAAAGGAGAAACCACAUUCAUGUCAUUUGUGUGGAAAGAGCUUUCCAUGUCUGCAAUAUUUGAAAGUACACCAUAAAAUACACACUGGUGUGAGAGAGUACAUGUGCUUUGUGUGUGAAAAGACUUUUACUACAGCAAACUGUUUAAAACGGCAUGAGAGGAUCCACACUGGAGAAAAACCUUACAAGUGUUCACACUGUGAAAAGAGAUUCAGUGAUUCAGCAAAUCAGAAAAGACAUGAGAGGAUUCACACUGGAGAGAAACCUUAUGACUGCACUGCAUGUGGGAAGUGUUUCAAUAAUUCAUCUGCUUUAAACAGACAUACAAAAAACUAUCACUGUGAGUAGAUCAACUUCAGAUCUGAUGUUGCCUUCUCUUCAAAUGGGACACAAUAAUGAAUUAAGCAAAAAAUAAUCUUGAUAAAUCUGUCAUUACUAGUGAUGACAAAGAAACAUUUCCUAAAGUUUUCACAGUGAAUAAAGUUAAUCUUCAAAACCAGCAGAUUCAACUUUGAGAUUCAUAUAAA